AUGGCGUCGCCGGCCUCUGAGCAGCUGCAGUCUGUCCGCUUCAGCGAUGUCAACCAGGAAAUUGAGCCCGAGAGCGCCCUCGAGCAUGUCGCCGGCCUCACGGGUGCCGGCGAGACUGCCUCCGACGAGCCAUUGAGCCCGCAGGCCGAGCAGGAGCUGCGCAACUUGUCUUCAACACUGCAGCAGUCCCGCGUGCAGGCGAAGCGCAUGGAGAACUUCUCCUUCGAGCCAGUCUCCCUGCCCCCCUCACGCGCACCUUCUCCAUCACCCGCCUCUCGAACGCCGUCUGGACAGUCCUCCCAACAUGGCGCAUCCGUCACGCCUUCUACUCUGCAGUCGCCGCCACUGACGCCUGCGGGCACGUCUUCCCGUGAUGAAAGACCCACCACCGCCGUCGACCACAGGAAGCAACCGAGCGACCCCGCCCUGAUGACCCCGCAGAUAUCGCCUCCACACGAACCGCCGCCAACGUCAAUGGACUCAUCUGUCCACCAAGGCGCGGCUGCUCCAAGCUCCCCGCAGCCAGCGCCGCGAACCCGGCCUUCUUCAGUCGUCGAACCGGACGUAGUACAGCCGCACCCUAGACACGGGCCUUCCUUCACAGUUGGUCCUGCUGGCGAUUCGUUGCCGGCUUCGAGAGACCCAAGUCCCUCUGGCUCUGGUGGAGAGCGGACUCCCGGACAUCAUUCUCCCGGCACCUCUACCCCCUCAUCCAUAGGCCGUCCCUUCACGCCUCAAGGUGAUCAACACGACCCAUACUCCCGCUCGAAGCGUGUACCCCAACCAAAAACGCUCGAUGGUCUUGACGCACGCUUCAUCUUUGGUGGUCGCGAUGGUCGUAGCCGUCGAAACCAGUCGGCAUCCUCCUCCACCAUUACAUUACCCCGGUCUAGGGGCACAGCUUCAGACAAGGAGGAUGGGGGCAGUAGCAGAGCAAGCAUUUUUGGCGGCAAUGGCCGACCUGGCAGCCGAUACAGCUCCGACACAGAGACUGAUUCAAAGCCUAGUAAGCACGGGCACGACUCCAUGUCCAACCUAAAGCGAUUCUUCAAAAUCGGGCACAAGCACAAGGACAAGGACAAGGACAAAGAGAAGGAGAAACAUAAAAACUCUGCGCCUGUCACCAAGCGCGAGAAGCCUACUAGAACCAGCAAGGCUGGCGUCAUGACACCCCCCGUGACAAACGGGGCAUCCAGCGUGCCAUUUGCGGACGACCACGGUCUCGAAAGCAAAUACGGGAAAUUUGGAAAGGUCUUGGGUUCGGGUGCUGGAGGCUCCGUACGACUGAUGAAACGUAGCAGUGACGGUGUAACAUUCGCUGUAAAGCAAUUUCGUGCCAGACAUUCAUACGAGUCUGAACGAGAUUACAACAAAAAGGUUACGGCUGAGUUUUGUAUCGGAUCCACCCUCCACCACGGCAACAUCAUUGAGACCAUGGACCUGGUCAACGAGAAGGGUAACUACUACGUCGUGAUGGAAUACGCGCCAUUCGAUCUCUUCGCCAUUGUCAUGACUGGCAAGAUGAGCCGUGAAGAAAUGACGUGCUGCACCCUUCAAAUUCUGAACGGUGUGAACUACCUGCACAACAUGGGUCUGGCUCAUCGCGACCUGAAGCUGGAUAAUGUUGUGGUCAAUGAGCACGGCAUCAUGAAAAUCAUCGACUUUGGAAGUGCCGCGGUGUUCCGGUACCCGUUUGAGAAUGACGUUGUCCUAGCAAGUGGCAUCGUUGGCUCUGACCCCUAUUUGGCACCUGAAGUCUAUGACCUCUCCAAGUAUGAUCCACAACCUACGGACAUCUGGUCACUGGCCAUCAUCUUCUGCUGCAUGACUCUACGCCGUUUCCCAUGGAAGGCACCUCGAAUCUCGGAUAACUCCUACAAGCUCUUCGUCUCUCCGCCCAACGACGGCCCGAGGUCUAUUACUGGUCCUUCCAAAUCGUCUGCAGACCUUGAACACGCCGCUGACGACCACCGAGCCGGAACCCAGUCAGCGCCGGCUUCACGGCACCCUUCUGCUGACGGGCAGCAAGCCAGCGCCAAUGCAUCCUCGGCCGUAGCGCCUAGCGGCCAAAGCCAGCAACAACCUCAUGUAAUUAAGGGACCAUGGCGACUUUUACGCUUGUUACCUAGGGAGAGUAGGCACAUCGUCGGCAGGAUGCUCGAAGUCGAUCCGAAGAAGCGUGCCACCUUGGAAGAAAUAAUGAACGACAAGUGGGUUCGGAACAGCCAGGUUUGCGCGCAAGAAGACGGUGGCAAAGUGCUUCGUUGCGACAACCACGAUCAUACGCUCGAGCCUGGCGCUGGUGCAUCUGCUCCCAAUACGCAACAAAAGAAGUGA